AUGGAGCGAAUUCUUGCUCGUUUCGGUCUCAACGUGGUCGAUGAAGAUUGGAUCAAGUCGACCUGGAUGCAGCCACUUCAAGAGAGUCAAUUUCACAUGGAUCUGCCAGAGCCAAAUCUCAAAGAUAUGAUAAGGCUCACUGAUUUCCUCAAAGGGAACACGAUCUCUGUAGAAGACGUCCCGAAAGAACUUCUUUCAUAUUUGGCCGUUGUUACAGCCAAGUUAGCGGAAUGGAACUCUCCCAGCGAUGAGGACAUAAUCAGAGACGGGCCUGUUGUUUUACGCUCAAUUGAAGCCUACUUGCGUUUGCUCUCCAUCGAGAGAGCUGCGGCAUUCAACAUCUUUCACCCUCUUCUGUUCGAGCAGUCGUGGGUGAUCUUACAAACUGUCAUCACAAAAGAACACAGUGCGAUCAAAAAUCGCCGCAAAAAGCCUGAUCACGAGACAAUCAUGCUUUCUGCCGUUGAAGAUGUAAUCGCUGUGCUUGGAGUUCUGUUUGAAAAUUUUAUUUUAACACGAGAUCAUGCAGACCGCGCCAUAUCUACCUUCGCAUAUCUGAUCAACUCCAGCGCAAGCCUCUUCUUGGAGACGUCCCCGAUUUCCUUCAUGCUCUAUCAUCUUCUCGGUCAGAACAUUAAAACAGAAGUUUUUCCAAUCUGUAUCCGUAUCCUGAAUCACAAGCUGUUGCCCCUGAAGUCAAGCUCCAUGAAUCUGACUGAGCGAAGAUGCUUCGAUAUCGUUUUGCACGCCUGUGAGAUGGCAGGAAAGAGGAAGAAUUCGUUCUUUUAUGCCCUGAUCAGAAUAUUGGUUUCUCAAUCGCAUGACAAAAACUCAACCCGAGAAGCGAUAGACGAAGUGAUGACCAAGUUUUUUCCUCUUUGCGAUAUUGAGACGCAACUCAAGAUCAUUAGUUUCAUCAAGAAGAACAUGGAGACGAAGAAAGUUAGCCAACGAGCGCUCAGUGUUGGUGUUUUGAAGAGGAUCCUGUACCAUAUCCCGAGUCAGGAACUGCAGGAAAAAGUUGAUGCAAGCAUGCUCUUCAGUAAACUAGCGAGACGUUGCCGAGAUUCGAAUCACACGGUGGCCGCCCGAGCAAUGUUCUCCCUCGCCGAACUUUUGGAAGGAUGCAUCUUGGGUCCGACAGAUAGUCUUAUGGCUCCUGGUGCUCUCCAACCGUCGUAUCUGCGUCGCCUUUCCACAGCUACGGCGAACCGAUUAUCAGUUGCCACAUCACAAGUAUCUACUACGAGUUCGAAUAUGACAACAAACUCCUUGUUCGGUAUCCAUCGAUUUUCCGAUCAUGCUACGAUGACUGAAGCCUCAAGAAGUACUCUACAGAAAACCUUUUGUCUGGACUCCGACGGACUUUCAGUACUUCAGCAGAUGCAGAACAGUAAAUACCAGCUCGUAAGAAAAAGCGUUAUACUGCUAACUAAAGCUUUGGUUAUUCGGCAGUUUGCUAGUUGUGAAGAAAAAGUUUGGCAGAUUUUUGCACGAGCGUGCCGCGACCCGCUGUUAUCAGUUCGACAAGUCGCGGUCGCCGCAUUUACGAAUCUUAUGAACGCGCUUGACACGUUCGAUCACCCAUCUGGCCUGAACAACUCGAUGAUGGAGUCGACGCGUAGUGAAUUCCGACUAGAUUGGCUUAACGUCAUGCUCGAUGCGUUGGAAGAUCCCGAGAGAGCCGUCAAGGAAGUAGCCUUUAAUGGGCUCUAUCUGAACUUCAUCACGGUAAUUAUCGAGACGGGAAAUCACGAGAUGUGGAAUUGCUUGGACUUGGUUAGCGGGAAUAUGUACGAACCGUUGAAGAAUAAUUUGAUUGCUCUCUUCGAACAAGCGAAGUCUGACGAGAAAGUGUCUUCUUUUGUGCCACUAGCGAAAAAUGCUAUGCGCAGAUUAGAAAUACAAGACGGAGAGUCAGGAGCAUGUUGGAUUCUAUUGAAGGUCAUCUACCAACUGGAAAAAGACUCAAUCGCCGUGAUGGAUGUUUUGACGGUGUUCAAAGAACACAUUGAACAUUUGAUGAAGGAUGCAGCUUGUGUUAGCGCUGUCGCCUUCGAAUUGGUCAUCGAGCUUGCAGAAAACGAGUUGGGUGAAAAUAUGCGUCAAGAUCUUCUUGAUUUUGUGAGCUCCAUCCUCAAGAUCCUCUGUCCCAAAAAUCUGAACGUCAUUGAACCUCUUACACGUCUCAUCCGUAUAUGUGCUGGCGAUGGGCUCAAAGAUUGGCUUUCUGGGAGAUUUUCUAUUCGCGAGAUGGCCCGUAGAGUCAACAAAGUUGGUGAUGAAAGUUUGGACCCGUUCGACUACAUGUCCAACUGUGGCACUCUCAUAAUCACUGUUCUCUUCUACUCCGAGUUUUUAGAGAUCACACCAGCUGAUGACCGCGAUGAGUUUGCCCAAUAUUUGAACAUGGUUUUCUUCAAGGAUUUUAAAGGUGUUCUUAACACUCCGCUGCCUACGGAGCUGAUGACCGCUCUGAUUCACGUUCUCGGCAAUUUGUGCAUUCGAAGAGGGAAGAACAGCGAAGAUUUGGUGCGCAUCUUUAUCUAUUCGCUUUCUGAUCGCGCCAACUGCGCGUCAAUCAGAAUCGUCGCGCUUUCAAUCGUAGCCGACCUUUGCGUUGUAAAAACUCACUUGGUAGAUCGCUUCAUGGACAUUCUCGCCGCAUUACUAGAAGAUAAUGAUGAAACGGUGCAAAUUGCUACGAUGCAGCAUUUGACAAAUUUGCUCAAAAAGGAUUUCAUCCGAAUGAAACCUUCAAUUCUCACUCGGAUGUUGAUCCUCGCUGCUGAUCCCGAGCCUAGAUCAAAGAUCGUCCAUCAAAAGGCUUCCUUUUGCUUGCGACAGGUUUUGAAGCCAAGAAACCCGAAAAUUUUCCAAGAGAACUUUAUCGCAGUCAUGAUUCUUUCUACUGGAGCGUUUUCGAUUGACCCGUCUCACGAUAGACGAUUGCAGAUCAGCACACAGACGCAGAGAAGCACUACCUUCGAAACUGGCGCUUUUCCGGGAAUUGAAGGCCGAGCAAGACGCAUGCAAAUCUACACCUUCUGUAUUUGUAACAUGUCGGAAGAGCAACGCUUGACUGUUUUUUGCAAUAUUACCAAUUUGGUUCUCGCAAUCCCUCUCCUGCGCAAAGUUGAUAUCACCAGUGUAGAGAUGACUGAAGUAUUCUUUGAUGCUCUUCAUCUUCUUUAUCGCCAUCAAAUGCUCCAGUUCCAGCUUGUUGGCCCCAAGAAUGCCAGAAAUGCAGAACAAGACCAUUUCGACGAUGAGCCUUUGCGCAAAGAGGGUAUGAAGAGGGCAGCUUUCCUUGAAACGUGUGCUAAGACAAGAAUACAGUUCAUCACGAAGCAGACCUUCCCCAUCCUGGUUGACCUUCGAAAUGAACUAAAGACUGUCCGUUCCCCGUUACUCCCAACGAUCGGAAAACUCUGCCAGGCUUGGUUGAAGGAGAUUCCCGGGUUGAAGGAGUCAGAUAUUAUGUACAGGAAUCUUCAAGAUGACCUGUCCGAGGAGUGUGCUCUCUGGGCAAACGAUGAUAAUCCCAUUCCAGCCCCAGCUCGAGAAGAUGCUCCAGGCACACCUGCUACGCCGAUUCGCAAGAAAAGCAAGCGGAGUGGAAUUAACCAAAAUGUAUCUAUUUCUGAGCAAGUGGCCGAAAUUUUCUCCGACUCCGAACCCGAAUCCGAUGCAAAUAUCGAAAAUACUUCGUCCAACAUGACGGUUCUUGAAAAGUCCGUGUUGCAAAUAGAAAAAACUCUCGGCUCCGGAGAGGAACAGGAAAGCUUGCUUUCACCAGCGCAGCAAAAUAUGAAUCGACGACGAAGUCGCAGAUCAUCUCUUGCUGCUCUUUCGUCCAACUUGACUCCGAUUCGCCGAGCCAAUCCAGAUCACGAGGCGACUCACAUGACGCCAAAAUGA